AAAAUCCCCAAAAUUAAUCUGUCAAAGAAACGUCAAAUUGCAGUCUCAUGGCAAAAAACAGUAAAAAUUCAACGAACUAACACUUUCUGGAGCCCGCAGCGACAAUGGCGUUAUAUAAACAAGCCCUGAGACACAUCUCCACCACUAAAAUCUCAGUAUGGAGCCCCGCGCGCAAUUUCGCCUCCCGAGGCAACAAAAAGGUGACGAACAUGCCCCCAAUGGACAAACCGGUGCAAAAUCUACCCACACCCAUAUUCGCGACGCUGAAAAAGGAACACCAAACCACCCAAGUGACGACGCUUUCUAACGGCUUGAGAGUCGCUUCGGAGGACCGCUUUGGGGAGUUUUGCACAGUUGGAGUGGUCAUCGAUAGUGGCUCUCGGUAUGAGGUGGCCUACCCCAGCGGGGUGUCUCACUUUUUGGAAAAACUCGCCUUCAAUUCAACCAUGGCCUAUCCCGACAAGGACGAAAUCCUCAACCGACUUGAGAAACACGGGGGCAUUUGCGACAGUCAAGCGUCUCGAGACACUUUCAUUUACGCCGCGUCCGCCUACACUAGUGGCUUGGACGACGUGAUCCACCUCCUCGCAGAAGCCACCCUGCGCCCCCAAAUCACUGGCGACGAAAUCGACGCCGCCCGCCAAGCCAUCAGUUUCGAACUCGAGACUCUCAACAUGCGCCCCGAGCAAGAAACCCUCCUCAUGGACAUGAUCCACGCCGCCGCCUACCGCGACAACACCCUAGGCCUUCCCAAACUCUGCCCCAAGAAAAACCUCGGCCGCAUCGACCGCGAGCUGCUCUUCACCUACCUGAGCCAGCACUACGCCCCAAACAGGAUGGUGGUGGCGGGCGUAGGGGUGGACCACAACAAGUUGUGCGAGGUGGUCCAGAAAUAUUUCGUCGACAAAAGACCCAUCUGGGAGACCGAGAGGGGGCUGUUCUCCCCCAUUAAAAACAUUUCGCUUGAUGACAGUAUAGCGCAGUACACGGGGGGGAUAGCGCAGGAGGAGUGCGAUAUUCCGCAGUUCGCGUCAGCGGGGCUGCCGGUUUUGAGUCACGUGGUGAUCGGGCUCGAGGGGUGCUCGCACCAGGACCCCGAUUUUAUUGCAACGUGCGUGCUCAACAUGAUGCUGGGGGGCGGGGGGUCGUUCAGCGCAGGGGGGCCCGGGAAGGGGAUGUACACGAGGCUCUACACCAAUGUCCUGAACAGGUAUCACUGGAUGUACAGCGCCACUUCCUACACCCACUCGUACGCCGACAGCGGCAUCCUGUGCAUCCACGCGAGUGCGCCCCCCAACCACGUCAAAGAAAUGGUAGAAGUGAUAGUUAAGGAAAUGGUCAACAUGGCCGGGACCGUAAACGCCCAAGAACUGAGACGAGCCAAAACCCAACUACAGUCCAUGCUACUCAUGAACUUGGAGUCGCGCCCCAUCAUUUUCGAAGACAUCGGACGCCAAGUCCUGGCGACGGGGCACCGGAAAAGGCCGCAGCACUUCAUCGACGAAAUCGAAAAAAUCGGCCGGGACGAAAUCGUGGCGGUGGCUAAAAGACUGCUGAGUUCGCAGCCCUCGGUGGCGGCGCGCGGAGACUUAAGACGCAUGCCGGCGCUGGAGUACGUCCAAGCUGGCUUGGUAGACAGAGACGGGAAGAUGCCCAGCGGGAGGAAGCUGUCUUUGUUCCGAUAAGUUCACUCAUUAAAUUAUUGACGAUGUAUAUAUUUCAAUUUAGAUAUUUGUUGUUGUUGUGUUUGUAGUGACGAAAAACCAUUUGGUUUGAAAAAUGUUGACAGUCAAAUAAUUCGCAGUGAUAUUUUU